AUGGUCAAUCAGGAAAGCGGGCCACGUCUUGACGGGCUGCCAGAACAGAGACACGGUGCCGCGAUGGUAGCCGCGACGAACAUGCUUCUGAUGUACGGAGGAGAGACGACUUCUGGUCGAGUCCUCAGUGACAUGUGGAAAUUGGCAGGCAGCUUCGAUGACUGGCCGGUGUCCGACGCGUGCAGUGGCCCCUAUUUUAGCUUGCUGAACUUACACGGCCUGUUCAUGACCAUAGCAUUUGGGUUCGUACUUCCGGCUGGAGCUGGCAUCGGAACAGCUUUCGCAGUAUGCGGACUUAUAUGCUCCAUUACGGCCACAAAAAGCGGUGACCAUUUUUCAUGCGUUCACAGCAUUCUCGGCAUCACAGUCAUGCUGAUGUUGUUGCUGCAGCCCAUGAUCGCACUGUUGUAA